UAAAAAAGAAUAACCAGAGAGACCUGAAAAGUUGAAGCAGAGAGAGAUGAUGAGAGAGAGGUACUGUUACAGGGAAGUGCUUCCAUUCAUUGCAAUGGUUGCCAUAGAGUUCUCCAACGUUGGUGUGAACAUUCUAUUCAAAGCUGCAACUCAGAAGGGAUUGGGUUAUUAUGCCUUCAUCGCUUAUUCAUAUCUCAUCUCUGUUCUCUUUCUCCUUUUGCCUUUGCCCUUCGUCUUUCGAUGGUCAAGAGGCCUUCCACAGCUCAACCUCUCUCUCAUCUUCAGAAUUUUCCUCCUUGGAGUAAUCGGAGUGGCAGCUCAACUGUGUGGCUACAAGGGACUGAAUUACGCAUCGCCUACGCUUGCGUCUGCUCUCAGCAACCUCAUACCAGCUUUCACCUUCAUAUUGGCUGUCAUUUUCAGGAUGGAAAAGGUAGCUUUGAGAAGCUCAAGCACUCAGGCCAAAAUCCUGGGUUCGUCCGUAUCCAUAUUAGGUGCACUCAUAGUUUUACUCUAUAAGGGUUCCAUAAUCCUUUCAACAUCAUCUCCAACACUAUCUCCUACGCCUCUUUCUCCAAUGGGAUCUACAUCACAAACAAAUUGGGUUCUUGGUGGAUCCCUACUUGCCAUUGAGUAUCUUUUGGUUCCAAUCUGGUACAUUGUUCAGACCAAUAUUAUGAAACAAUACCCAGCAGAGUUUAUUGUGGUGUUCCUGUACAACCUGAGCGGGACUCUGAUAUCUGCUCCAAUUUGCUUGCUAUUAGAAGAAAAUUUGAGCGCUUGGAAGAUAAAUCCUGAUAUAACAUUGAUAGCAAUUGUGUAUUCGGGUUUCUUUUGCACAGGCCUAAGUAGUUUGGUGCACACUUGGGGCAUUCAUCUUAAAGGCCCAGUUUAUGUUUCAAUCUUUAAGCCUCUGUCCAUUGUGGUUGCAGCCGUUUCGAGUGUCAUCUUCCUUGGUGAUGCUCUGUAUUUUGGAACUCUUGUUGGAGCAGUGAUACUCUCGUUUGGAUUUUAUGCUGUCAUAUGGGGUAAUGCAAAACAAGAUGAAUUGAGUGAGGACUUUGACAUGCGUCCUUCGUCAAGUAGUAAGAGUCCUUUGUUGCUGAGCUACAAAGGGAAAGAUAACGAAGAGACCACCCAUUGUUGACUAAUGAUUUUCUAUACUGCUUUGUCAAAUCCAAUAAAGUCUUGUAC